GGAAAAGGGAAGCCACCCGUGAUGCUUGAUGACGACUCAGAAGCAGAGGAGUCUAUUUUGGCUCAAGGGAUCUCCCGCAGAGCGUCAUACGACUCUGAACCUACCAUGCGUCCCAAGAGCCAUCCAGACCGCAAACCACGAGGGACCACGGCUCUUUCAAAACGAAAACGUGUCGAUGAUUCUGAAGACGAGGAAAUUAGGAAUGAUGCAAGCGAAGAAAAUGAAGCUCUCAGUCACGAAAAUCAGAGUCAAUUCACCGCCCCCGAGGAUGAUAGCGAGGAUGACUGGUCCUUCUCAUUCGGACUCGAGGCCGGAGUAGCACCAAAGGAUCGUGGCAGCCAUGCAGUACAACCAGUCAAGAAACGGCCAAAGGUCUCGAACUCGAAGAACAUAACUGAAAUGGACAUUAUAGAGCUAUCUGAUUGA